GGGGAGCUCCUCGUAAAAACUACGGACCGCAACGCGAGACAUGUGGCCGAGAAUUUGUGAAAUCUCUGCUCGGUUUUUAGCCUCAAACAACAAGUACUACAAUUCAACGAGUAGCUUAGCGAUCUGUUAGCAUUUGCUUGGAGGAAAAAAAAGUUUGCACGAAGAAAGCGUUUCGGCGCAUCCAAAAAAGGCACGGGGGCACUUUAAAGUAGCAGUGAUUGUGACAGCCCGGGGCUGGACAUGACUGGAGCUGAAAGCGAUGGCCAGGGGUCAUCCCCUGAUGGGAGCGACGCAGAGGAGACUGAGCGAUGUCCUAUCUGCUUGGGGGUGCCGGCCAGGGGAGAGCUUGCCAUGCCGGACAGCUGCUGUCAUGUCUUCUGCCUGGGAUGCAUCCUUACUUGGGCAGAGUUGCAGAUGGUCCCUUCUUGUCCAGUGGACAGACGGCCGUUCAGAAACGUUUACAGAUGGGAUGGAAGCCUGCGAUGUGUGCAGGUUCCAGUGAGUCGGCAAGUGGCUGAACCCGAAGCUGAGAGUUGCGUCUGUAGAAAGCCUUUGCAUAGAGCAAGUCUCAAAAGCAAACUCAGAAAGAGGUCUAGGCAGCAAAGGUCAGAGAAGAUGACCGAUUCGAAAACGAAAGGACUUGUACGGAAAUGCAACGAUGAUGACCCGUCUUCAGUAAGCCGUAAAAAGGUGAGAGGAUUGGAGUGCUGUGCUUGGCCAUCGUCUACCUUUCUUUCAUUAGCAACACAGGACAUAACAGAGCCUGUGCUGGUGACGGAAGAAAUAUCGUAUGAAGCAGAGCAGUGCAAACGCCAGGUACAAGAGUGCCAGUGGUUCUCUCCUGCUGCGCCCGUUUGUGCGAUUGGAACCUCAAGGUUCCUCUCUGCGAAUAGCAACCACGGUCCAUUUACAUUUGAACUCUGUUCAUCUCCUAUUACCUCCGCUUCAUCAUUUGGGCCUGGUCAUUUUGCUUUCCAAGGUGUUGUCUGCGCCAUUACCUGUCCUAAAGGAGGAGACAAGCGAGGCGGAAGAGCCUCAAACUCCAAAGCGCCCACCAAAAAAGACAAAGCCCUACCGUCCAGACGAUCAGGACGUAACAGUAAAGACCAGGCGGGGUCUUCCGUGUCCCACCCGUCAUCACCGCCACAGUCCAGUGUGUCCGACUCAGACUCCUCCGCCAGCCAGGCCUCCAAGCCGGGCUUGGCGUCUCAGGUGGCAGGUAAACGGAAGGGCAAACGAGUAACAAACCGAAAGGCCAGCGGCAAGAGGAAAAACCUGAGAAAAAAGCCGUCGUCCGAACCUGUUGAGAACCAGUCUGCGGGCGAGGACGACGAGGGUGCCGCCUGCGGCGACACCGACAGGGGAGAGGCGGAAGACGAAGCGAAGCCCGAGAUUAACAACUCAGAUCAGCCUUCCGAUGCAGAAGGAAGUCUUAAUGCGGACCACUUGAACAGCGAUUCACUCGAUGGGCAACAAGCUGGCGAAUCUUUAAGCAGUAAUAUGGAGCACGACACUAACGAUGCACUCGAUAAAGACUGUCACGAGCAACCUGAACCGGAUGAGAACAACAGCCACUCGUCCGUUUCUUUGGACUCCCCUCCAAAAAGCCCCGAGUCGGAGUGCUCUGGCAAACUGAGCACACAAGAAGAGGAACCGACUGUCAUGUCAAUUUCCACCGGAGACGAGGAGAAAAUAACCGCAUCGCCGCCAUCCGAACCGGAGAGCACUCUGGAUAACCUAAUGUCUCCCGAUUUCGACAACGUGAUUGAACAGGACUGCAAAACGGAAGUCGGCGAAGAAAGGUUCGAUCGAAGCAAUGACGAGGAGGCAUCGCGGGAUCUGCAGAGAGAAUCACAUGAAAGCCCCAAGCCGGCUUCUCCAUGCGCUGAACCUUCCGAAGCCAACGUCGCUGAACAAGAAGCAAAAGCAUUUGAGGGUUCCAAAUCACCCGAAAGGGAACCGCCUUUCGUAGUUAAGAAUUUGGGAGAAUUCGUCAAAAAUGACGAUCUUUCCAAAGAUGAUGCUAAUGUCAUUCCGAUGGACUGCAGUUCACCCAUGAGCGAGGCCGUUAGCGCUAGCGUUUCGGAGGAAGCCAAAGAGCCCGCCGCCGCGGAGACUUCAGUCUCCGUUCCCGACGAGAGGUCCAAAGACCAAGUGGAGAGAGACCCGAGCCACGGGAGGAAGAACGGCAGACAACGACGCUCUCGCUUCCACUCCCCGACCUCCGCCUGGUCGCCCAAGAGGGACUCCAGACGAGAGUCAUACGGGCGCUCCCGCUCGCAGUCCAGAGAGCGGACCGGCAGCACCCCCUCCGGCCACUCUUCCCGCCCCCGCAGCAGAGAAAGAGAGCGCGAGCGAGACAAGGACAGGGACUACUUCAGGAGGGAGCGUAGCCGUGAGAGGAGGAGAAGAAGAUCCAGGAGUCGCUCCAGAUCCAAGUCGCGGUCUCCAUCCAGAACGAGAUCACACAGACGAGGAUACAGCCCCGAGCGGCCGGCGUCCAGAGAUCGGUCCCCUCGGGGGAAAGAGCGAAGGGGUGGCUGGAGGGCGGGGAACGGCCGCGAUGGACGGCCCUCUCAUGGCAACGCCGGUCGCUUUGAGAACGGCGUCCCUUCGGAAACGUCGCCGGAACGCCAAGGCUGGUCGGAGAAUCCCGACUGGGUGACAGAAAAAACCCGCGGCGAAGCCGAGGGCAGGCCCUGGGAUUUUGGGGGCGGCUCCCGCUGGGAAGAUCGCGGGCCGAGGGGACGCGCCGGCUUCGAGCAAGGCCGCGGCGCCGGCCGGGGAGGCGGUAACCGCGGCUUUCACAGCCAACUGCAGGAGGACGACAACCGGAGGCAGCCACGGAGCAACUCAGGAAUGGGCAACAAUUCAGGGAACGAUGCCUACAGUCGCUUUAAUGAGAAUCGCGGGGGCGGACGCAGGAAACCGGAGUCGGACCCGGGCGACUCGAUGCUGGACCGCUCGGGCUGGUCAUCAGCGUCCAGCUGGGCGGUGCGGCGGACACUCCCUGCUGAUGUUCAGGAUUAUUAUUCCAAGAGGGAAAGAGGGGGAUCGGGAAGCUGGACUCGAACCGAAGAGGAGCAGCCUGCAGCAGAUCCGGCGAAGAGUGAACCUGCACCAACUGCACCGGGCAACGCUCCACCGGCACCCGUGCUGACCGCCAUGCCUCCGCCGCCGCCUCCGCAGCUGAAUGUCCUUCAUCAUCACUUCCCCCUGCGCGGCCCCGUGCCGGUCAAUUUGCAGCCCUCAGCGCAGUACGCCGUGACCCCGCCCAUCCCCGUGCACCUCCACCCCGCCGUGCCGCUGCUGCAAGUGCCUGCCGUCGGCACCCAGGGGCUGCCCCCGCCUCCUCCGCCGCCCCCUCCCAUGCAGCAAGGGGGCCAGACGACAGCAGCUCAGCCUGAUGGGCAAAUCACGCAGAUGGUGAACACGAUGGGCGCUUACGGCAAAGCGGGCCUGCUUUCCACGCCAACCAAAGUCGUCCAGCAAGCCGCCAACCAGGUGCUGCCGUCAUCGACAACACAGCCAGCUCAGCAUCACAAGGCUCAAGCCGACAGCUCCAAAAAAGAAAAGAAACAACAGAUCCAAGAGAAAGCUAUAAAUGAAGUGAAGACGGCUAUCAAACCUUACUACCAAAAGAAGGAAAUCACAAAGGACGAGUACAAGGAGAUCGUCCGCAAAGCAGUUGAGAAGGUGUGUCACAGCAAAAGCGGCGAGGUCAACUCAAGUAAGGUGGCCAACUUGGUGAAGGCCUACGUCGACAAAUACAAGCACGCGCGCAAAAAGUGAAUCGGCACCUCGCCGACCCUUUUGUGUGCAGCUCAAGUGCAAUUUCCCGGAGCUGCAAUUUCAUCUCCAAACUCGACGAUGACAAGAGAGCCAUCAUUUCUUUUUGUUUUUUUUGUUUUUAUAUCUCUACCUUUUAUUGAACUAUAUAGAUUUUGUUUCUAUAGAUUGUCAUAUUUUGUUAGGAAAAAAAAAAGACCCAAUCAGAAGUUGUAAUGCAAGAGCCCUUUAUUUUGCAUAGAUUCCGACCUGCAGAGCUACUGUAAGGGGAGCGCGGCGUGUUGCAUUCAGUGGGUUGGGCGGGAGGGAGAUUUGAUACAAAGGAAAAAAAAAUUGCAAUAUCAUGUCUACAAGUAUGGAUAGAAUCUCCUGGCUGGUACAAUGAAAUUCCUUUAUGGAAUCGUGAUUAUACAGUCUAUUAAAAUAUGUUCUUUAAAAAAAAAAUCUAUAAUAUUUCAGAUGAAAUACUAGUCCUGACAUUAUCAUCGGAUAACCAGUCGGCGACUAGUCUGGAAUAUAAAAUGUUGUGGGAGGGGACGAAUCAGGUUAAAUGAACCCCCGCCUGAAAGAUUGAUGAGUGUCCAAUGCAUUAAGAUGAGCUGUGCAACGUAUCCAGGGAGUAGUGAAAUAAAGUAGCUGCUUCCUGAUUGGCUGUGGGUUUUAAUUGGGGCGUGGGGAGCUGGCAAAGGAUUCAUGUACUCUUGUAAGAAUAGCAACAGGUGAAUGUACUAUUACGCCAUCUAGCGGAAGAGCGUAUAAUCGUUCUUGUUUCUUGCUCGGCGUCGCGGCGAUGCAAAUUGAUAGGGAAACGAUGGCUUAGUUAAAUCAUGAGCCGAUUCAAUUACACACGAUUCAGUUACAGUUGUGCCUUGAGAUACGAGUGAGCCGGCUCAAUAUUUUUUUUAAGUAUCUGAGCUGUCGCUCAUUGUCAAAAGUUGCCUUCGAGUUGUUUCAUGCCACUUGCAGGUCAUGUUUACGGUUAGUUUAAAAAAAUAAUAAUUUAAAAUAUUUUUUUAAAGUCACUCCGUAGCUUUGCUUUUGAUAAAUCAGUUUUAAGAUUUAAUGCAAAACCAAAGCUAUUUGAGCGCAAAUGGUGCAAGGAUCACUGUUACAUUGCCCCCUGGUGGCCGAGGCGCAAACACAAUGGCUUCUCCCAUUUAUUACAAUACGGAGGUCGCUGAACCAAUUGAACUUGUAUCUCAAGGCACCUCUGUACUGCACAAUGGCAGUUGAACUUCUAUGUUGACCACCAAGGGGCAGCACUGCAUUAAAAUCAAGGUAUUUAGUGGUUACCUUCAUGCUUGUUAACCCUUUCAUGCACCCUGUAAAUCUGAUCAUGUGAUUAGCUGUCCACUGUAGUAACCGCUGUGCCUGAAAGGGUUAAAAUACUCCAUACUUUUUUUUUUUCCCAAAUAGGAUAUAUUUAAUAUUGAUGCCACUAUGUAAAUUUUGAGUUGGACUGAUUACCAUGAGAUAAAAUAUUUUAAUAAUACACUAUCAUAUAUAAGCCUGAACAGGAUCGUAACCUGAACAACAGCCUUUCUGCCCCCCAAAAAAUGAGUGACCUGGAUUAUGGAUUUUCUUUUGAUCAAUUGGGAAAAUGAUGAGCCAUUAAAAAAAACAAAUUAUUGAUGCAAAGCAAAAAACAAAUCACAACAACCGGUCCUUGUUAUAGAGGAACUUUGAAUUUAAUUGGACAUUAAUUACAGGAUAUACACGGUGUUUCAUUGAAACAAGAAUGUAACACUGCCCUCUUUGCCCCCCUGAGGCCCAUAGACGGUUCGACAAACUCUCCAACCUGUGGGGCGGGGGGGGGUGUUGUGGGGGGCGGUGUCAGAAAGGGGUACAAGGCGGCUUUUACGUUCUCAGUGGCCUCGACAAUAGAACAGAAUUUGCACAAAAUCAACAGUAGCACAUUUCAGUCUUGACAGAUGAACAUGUAAAGCAUUGUCUUUUCGAACAAAUUCAUUACAAAUUUCCCCAGUGUGGGUUUUGUUUGUUUUACAGCUCCAAUGCAUUAUUCCCCCAUUAACAUCGACAUAAAAAGCAUAUAUUCAGUUGAACUCAAUAGAUAUAUAUAUAUAUACAUAUAUAUACAGAUACAAUAUUAUAUAAAUAUAGUAAAAUAUUUUAAAUUACAUUGAUUUUCACGGUCUUCCAUAACAGGAUGUUGGACAACAACAGUUUGGUGUUGAGUUAGUGUUGGAAGCACAGUGCGCCGCUAUUUGUGGUAUGCUUGCUUGCCAGCGUGACAUUUUUGUUUUUGCAAGUUUGACAGGCGUUUUUUUUUCUGACCAUGCUAAUGUGGUCAAAUUCAAAGUAUUCCCCCAAAA